UCUCAUCAUCAAACAAAUAAUGAAAACUCAGAUUACUAAAACCAAUGUAAACACCUCAUGGUAAUCUGGUUAUUCUCAGCAGCUUUCAUCUAAUGCCAAUGCCAUCAGUGUCGCUAGCUGCAGCAAACCUCAGUGGCCUCAUGUUGCAAAAAUAUCCUCAGUCAGAUUUUCUCCUCUACGACAUGGAAGUGAUCAUUUGUCCAAGAUUAUGAAAGCUUUACCUCAAUUUGCCCUCUUGGAAGAUCAGCACCUUCCUCCUGCUUUGUAACAUAAGGUAAUCCUACAGUUUCAAAUUUGACCCAGUUGCAAAAUGUAGUUUGAUGACAUGUAGGUGUGUGUACAUGCAGGUGGACUCUGACAGUUUCUUCUCAGUGAUGGUAUUUGUGUAUGCUGAUUUAUGCUAAUUCUUUCAUGAACCAUUCAAAAAUACACUAAAUGCUUGCUAGUAGUGGUGUCAGUGCAGCUUACUGAGACUACUGGCAUACAUGCAUCUCUUAACCUCAUAACAGCUUAUAAUGCCAACUAUUUUUAUCCUGUGUCAGAUAAUUACAGAGAAAAAGGAUCAGUGAGAAACAGUAAUGGUUGAGGCAACUGACUGAAGAACAAGUGUAGAAAGUGUGCACCCAUGCCAUACUUAAAACAUAUAUUUUGUUUCAUACAGAAGCUAGGAAGUCCCACCCAACUCACCCACAAGUUUUCUCAGUUCUGAAAGAAAUAGCUGAGUAAUACAUCCUUAUGUAUUCUCUUCAUUUAACAAGCCUUACUUGAGCAAUAUCUGUAAUGCUCUUUACAACUUUUUCCAUUUAAAAGCAGACAAAAAUAAGGACUUAUUAAGAAUGUCCCUAACUAAUUUAAGAGUAUCUAAUACUAAUAAUAUAUUUGUAGAAUUGUGAGAUAAUACAUAGUGAUGACAUAAAAUGUCCAACACACAUGAAUUACAGUCCUUGGUUUCACCUGAACUAAUGAUGUUUUGUCACCAGUAUACCGGAUAUUUUCAAUUACUGGAAGCCUCUCAAGGUAACUUACCAUUUGAGAAAUCCCUCAACGUAAGCACAUAAGUGCUUUAAUACUGCUCAACACCAGGCCUAACCACCAGACUCUAAACUGGUGCGAGAUUCUGUAUGAAACCUUAAAAAAACUGUUCAUCAAACAAAAGACUUAAUAUACAAGUGUAUCAUUGUUUCUCUUUUUGCAGUCUUUGAAAACUAAAACUGUGUCAUGUUGGCAUCUUUCAGUCAUUCAUCUGGAUUAAUCAAUUGAAAAAGAAAAUCUAAUAAGUCCUUACAUCACAUAGAAGCUCUCCAUUCAACAGGUUUAUACGUGCAACAGUUACUUUGUAUGAGAAGCAAUUAACCGAAGUGUUGGAUUUGUUUCCAAUUAGAUCUAAUUCCACUAUACUCUAAGCUUGUCUGUCUGAAACUCCGACCUCUGACCUUUAAACGCUCUCUGUGUCUUACUUCUAGUGUUCUUGUCCAUGAGGGGAUUCAGCCUCUUUGUUGAGAAAUGACACUGUAAGGCAUCUGUUCAGUUGCCACCAGACCUCAUAUUAUUUCCCUGAACAAGUUCCUGUCAAGUCAAUCUAUGAAAAUCAAAGAAUCAGGUCUUUUUUCUGGAGCAGCCAACUUCUUCAACUUCUUUCCUUUGUAGUUUAUAAUUAUAUCUAAAACUCAAAUCAACACAGACAUCUGACAGGACAGAUUAUAGAGCAUUAGCUUACAUUUAUCCUGUUACUGGUGUUCCUUUACUGGAAAGGUCUGCAGCUCUGCAUGUAUGUCUCUGUCGUGUGUGUGUUUCCCAGCAGGAUGGGUACGUUUGUGACCCUGGCAGAGGUGCUGGAGGCCCGGGGUUCACCGCUGGAUGAGGAUGAGGUGUGGUGUCUGCUGCUCGCCACCACUGAGGCCUUACUGGACAUUUCUAAAAAAGGUUCAGGUAACAUGUGCAGUGUGCUCAGCCCGGGCUCGGUGCUACUGUCAGCCAAUGGGAGUCUGGCUUUUAAGAGCUGUGCCCGAUAUGAAGAUGUGGCCUCCUUCACAGCUCCCGAGGUCCAGCAGGGCCACGCUGCCUCCACCAGGACUGCAGCUGAAAAGAUGCUUGUGUACUCCCUGGGGAUGACUCUUUAUUGGUGCAUUGAUUAUCAGCUACCUCAAAACCAGCCGGUCCAGCUGAGCGCAGAGCUGGAGGGUUUGCUGCUGAGCAUGUGCGAGGAUGUUGUGGUGAGGCGGACUGACCUGCUGACAGUACUAGAGACCUGUGAACUGCACCACAAGACCUUGAUGCUGCCUCCGGCGGAGCGGCUCGUCAGGCAGCUGGUGGAGGAUGUCUACCGAAACUCAGUUGAUCAUGUGUCCAUGGCGGAAAAUGGAUCGCAGCUGACAGAUCGCAGUCAGAUGAUCAGAGACAGAUUACACAGAGGAUCUUUUAGCAACUCAACGUGGGCACUGAAGAAGAAGAUCUCCAGGACGUUCUCAGGAGCAUCCUAUCCAUCUGAGCCCAUCGGCAUUCCCCCGGGAGGUCGACACAGGGAGAGUUAUGGCAGCUGGCAGCAGCUGAACCGCAACCCCUGUAGUCCGUACAUGGACGGCAGUCGACAAACCAACUCCAGAUCCCUCACACAGUUUGAGUCCACUAUGAGUCUGAAUGAGAAGAAAAUCAAGGACAUGGGUCCUGAGUUUAUCAGAAUGUUAGAUGAGCCACUGGUUGUCUUGGAGCUGCCUGGAUCCAUCUUGUCAAAGAAAGGCAAAUCUCAAACCACACAGAGAGAGCUGAGUGUGGUGAUGCCAAACGGUCAAACCAUCCUGGUGAAAUGUGAGGUGAAAUCCCGAGGAGGAGAUGUCUUUGACAUGAUAGUGGCUCACUCCAACCUAAUGGAACAUUUCUACUUCGGCCUGGCUUACAUUGAUGAUAAUGAGUUUUUCUUUGUGGAUAACGACACCAAGAUUUCCAAAGUUGCUCCAGAUAGCUGGAAGAAAGUGCCUACAUCCACCUUUGUCCUUUUCUUCAGGGUCAAAUUCUUUGUCAAUGACAUUUCUCUUCUUUUGCACAAACAGACCCGCCACCAGUACUACCUCCAGCUCAGGAAAGACCUUUUGGAGGACAGGCUGUCCUGCCAUGAGGAGACUGCUCUGUACCUGGGAGCUCUGGCCCUGCAGGCGGAGUAUGGAGACUGCAUGCCUGAGGUGUACGGUAGGAACUACUACCGCCCUGACCAGUAUGUCUCCAAGAGUGUGAUGGAGAGACGUGCCUUGCCUUAUGUUCAAGGGGAGCUGCUACGGCUUCACACCAACAAUGCUCAGAUGCUCACCGAUGAAUCGGAGCUGGAGUUCCUCAAGGUGUGUCAGCAGUUGCCUGAAUACGGAGUGUUGUUCUACCAAGUGACGCGUGACAAAAAGCCUUUAGAAGGAGAGAUUAUCCUCGGGGUUUGUGCCAAAGGAGUCAUUGUCUACGAGGUUAAAGGUGGCUGCCGAUCCACCAGUCAGGCUUUCUACUGGAGGGAGACAGCGACCAUUUCCUCAAAUAGGCGCAAAUUUGUAAUAGAGAGCCGGGGCAGCAAGAAGAAGCACACCUUCAUCACAGAGAGGUCGAAGAUAGCCAAAUACCUGUGUAACCUCUGUUCAUCCCAGCACAAGUUUAACAAUGAAAUGAACUCUCGCCAGCUCAGCCACAGCCUGGUCUCAGAGGAGAACAUUGUGCAGUAUGCAGCGGUCUGCCGUGCUCAGAGCAGCCAGCUCAAGUCUUACUCAUGUUCUGAGACACCGCAAGAUGACAGUGGUCUGACCACACCUCAGGACGAGUCCUUGAACAAGCUGUGUGACGAUGUCACAGCCAGGAUUGAGGCCCGCAUCAAACAGCAGCGCCAGAGCCUCAAUGAGCACAGCACCUGCUCCAGCAGUCAGCGCAGCAGCACUGGUAUGCGUUCCCCAGCCUGCUCUCAGAAGAGCGGAUCUGAAGCCCACUCCAGCUCCCCAGCAGCCAGAGAAACCCCAACUAAACAGGGAUCAUCGUCUGAGAGAGAAGUCAUAUGCAUUUCUUUAAAGAAAGACCCGAAGCUUGGCCUGGGUAUAGUGAUAGUGGGAGAGGAUACAGUGGGGCGUUAUGACUUGGGGAUUUUUGUUGCCUCCAUUGUGCCUGGUGGACCUGCUGACAAGGAUGGACGAAUACGGACAGGUGGUCGUCUGAUCUCUCUGAACCACAUCAGCCUGGAGGGCGUCACCUUCAGUGAGGCAGCAGAGGUCAUGCAGAGCAGCCCUGAGGAGGUGCAGCUCAUUAUCUCACAGCCAAAAGUCCACCUCAGUCCCAACAGUGUGCGGUCUCCUGUGUUGAGGAAUCACGAGUCACAUACCUCACCGACAGACGGCAGAUCAGGAGACAACAACCUGGACGAGAUCGUCUCGGUCAUGAUGACACCGAAGACCAGCAACAGGCUACAUGUCCCCCCAGAAGUACGCGUCAGUGCGCAGGAUGAUUGCCCACAGUCUCCUUCUAUGAACAAUGUGAGGCCGGACGAGAUCACUGUGGCGCUCAGGAAGAUAUCAGGAAGUCUGGGCAUCAGCAUCUCAGGAGGUGUCGACACAAACCUUCCAAAUGGAGGAAUCUACAUCAAGAGCCUCGUUCCAGGAGGGGCUGCUGAGAGAGAUGGGCGACUACAUACAGAUGACAGACUGUUGGAGGUGGAUGGGAUUAGUUUUCAAGGUUUCACCUACCAGCAGGCUGUGGAGUGUCUGACUAAAACUGGGGAGGUGGUAACCAUGGUGGUGGAGAGGGAGUUGAUACACCUGCCCAGAGUUUCUCUAAGUGCAGACACUGGCAGCAUCAGUCCACCUACCAGCCAAGUGAGGCUCAACAAGUCCUCGUCCACUAAUACUCCUCCACAAACGGCCCCUGACCGGCCCACGGACUACAGCUUUUCUACUAACGACAACACCCAGGAAGUGACUUUGACCAAGAGUGCCAAUGGCCUGGGCUUCAGCUUCCUCAUGUGUGAGCUGGAUCCACCUACCCGGGACUUUGGCAGUCUCAUCCGGAUUAAGCAGCUUUUCCCUGGCCAACCGGCCCAGCAGAGCGGCAGGAUCCAGGAGGGAGACGUACUUUUGGCCAUCAAUGGCCAGUCGCUCAAGGAGCUGUCUUAUCCAAAGGUGCUAAAGCUGUUUAAGACUUCGCCCCCUGAGGUCCGACUGACUCUCUGUCGGCCUGCCCCAGGGAUCCUUCCUUCCAUUGAUCAGUUUACUGGCACAUGAGUGAGUUAUACAGCGCCAACAACAGUGGACAUUCAGUGGACAUUCAGACUCAACACUGUGCUUCCUGAUCAAUCAGGAGCUGGUGAUGGAGGGAGGCAUGGGCGAUAUGAGCACUCCGAUCAGCAAACAGGAGCAUUAAGCUGAUCUUAUCAACCGACUCCAACACUACAGAAAGACACCAGGGAGUCUGUUUAAUAGUGUUGAACAGUCCAGAGGGAUAAAAUGAUCUUUGCAAUCACAUCAAGCACUGCGUAUCAUACUGAAGAAAGAGAUGUAACAGCAGACGGGUCGGAGGCUGAAUGUGGGCUUCAGUGUGUGAAACCCUCAGGAUUUGAGAAGAAAAUAACCGGAUGCAAAGGAAAUCAGCAUGUUGUUGAUACCAACAGAAGAAGAAAACUGAACUAAAUUGUUAAAGAUUUUUUUCUUUUUUUUGCUAUAAAGUUUGGCAAGGACUCAAAACACUACAGAUAUUCAGAAUGCCAACAAACAAAACUUUUAUUGUAUCUAGAAAUGACAAAACAAAAUGUGAAUUUCUACAUUAUUAAAGAGGAAUUUAACCUGCAUAAAACUUUUCUAUGUGUCUACAACUUCAACAACAGUGUUCUGUUUCUGAGUCUCUACGAGUUCAUUUAAGCUUACAUUGUGUUCAGAAAUACAAUGAAUACUAACCCUCAUUAUCUCACCAAAACAAAUGUCAUUAAACUGAGUCUGACCUGAAUAUGGAUGAUCCACCCCCAAACACUCAUUUAGUAUCUGGAAAAACUGGACAGUACACAUACACUCACUCACACACACACACACCUCCCUGGGUGAGGAGCCAGUAAUGGCCCCUCAUAAAUAAGGGUUCCUGUAUUUCGGUGAAACCCAGUAGUGCAUCUGGAUCCCAUCAGAGCUUGUGUUCCCUUUGCAAAUGAUCCCAAAUGUUUCUAAUUAUGCCAGUGGAGUCGGCACGAGGCUGUGUGAGUGCAUGUGUGUGUGUGUGUUUUCGUGUGCAUGUAAUCGCCCUGACGGACAUGCACACCCAUACACUGGCCUCUGUUUAUUCACGAACAGAGUAACAGAGAUGGACAGCGUGGUCUUGACCUCUGCAGCCUCUGCUUAGGUCACUGCACGUGGUGAUGACUGAUGAGUGAAAGAUGGGGUGGAGAUGGAUUUUCUCCACCCGUCUUCCCUGCUGACGCCGCUUUGUCCCUGC